GAUCCACCCAGCGACGCGACCAUCGUCCCUCUCCGCCAUGGCCGCCUCAUUCGAAAACUCUGGUGAAAAGGGCAAAUUGUCCAGCGAAGGCUCCAUUUCUGGCCUGCCUCGCAUGGCUGCACCCCAUGAACUCGACGAGCGCCGGAGAGCUGCGCUCGCAGAGAUCGAUAACGCCAAGUUUUCUUGGUUUCACGUCAAAGUCUGUGCAGUCGCCGGCGUAGGCUUCUUCACCGAUGCCUAUGACAUCUUCGCCAUCAACAUCGCUUCCACGAUGCUGGGCUAUGUAUACGGAAAAGGCCAUGCCCUUAGUGCCAACCAAGACCUUGGCGUCAAAGUAGCAGCACCUGUCGGCACUCUUGUCGGGCAGCUGCUCUUUGGCUGGCUUGCGGAUGUUAUCGGCCGUAAGCGCAUGUAUGGUGUUGAGCUCAUGAUCAUCAUCGUCGCUACAUUCGCUCAGGCUCUGUCUGGCCAGGGCCCCGCGGUCCACAUUAUUGGUGUUCUCAUUGUUUGGCGUUUCAUCAUGGGCAUCGGUAUCGGUGGAGAUUACCCUCUCAGCGCGGUCAUCUCGUCCGAAUUUGCCUCGACACGGUCUCGUGGUCGUCUUAUGACGGCUGUGUUCGCCUCGCAGGGCUGGGGUAAUUUUGCUGCUGCCCUCGUCGCCUUGAUUGUCGUGUCUGCCUACAAAACGUCUAUCCUCACCGAUAACUUCGUGACGCUUGACUCGGUCGACUUCUGCUGGCGUCUGCUUAUCGGUCUGGGCUGUGUCCCCGGCGUGGUGGCGCUCUACUUCCGCCUUACGAUCCCUGAAACGCCUCGGUUUACCAUGGAUAUCGAGCGCAAUGUCAAGCAGGCGACGCAGGAUAUCAACAAUGUUUUGACCACUGGAAACUCAUACGUCGACCCUGAUGCCGUCGUCCAGCGCGCCAAGGCCCCCAAGGCCAGCCGCAGAGACUUUGCAGCCCACUUCAGCAAAUGGUCUAACAUGAAGGUCUUGAUCGGCACAGCGUACUCAUGGUUCGCGCUCGAUAUUGCGUUUUACGGUCUCGGCCUUAACUCAUCCAUCAUCCUGACGGCCAUUGGUUUCGGAACACCACCCACAAGCGGUACCCUUGGCGUGUACGAGAAUCUGCAUAAUAUCUGUGUCGGCAACUUGAUCUUGUCCGCUGCCGGCCUGAUCCCUGGGUACUGGGUGUCCUUCCUGUUCAUUGACUCAUGGGGCCGCAAACCUAUCCAGCUCAUGGGCUUCAUCAUGCUUACCAUCCUUUUCGUCAUCAUGGGCUUUGGUUACGACAAACUCACCGCGACUACGUCGACCACGAAGGCGUUCGUCUUCCUCUACUGCCUCGCCAACUUCUUCCAGAACUUCGGUCCCAACACGACCACGUUUGUCAUUCCCGGAGAGGUGUUCCCCACGCGGUACCGCUCGACGGCACACGGCAUUUCGGCCGCGAGUGGCAAGCUCGGCGCCGUCGUCGCGCAGGUCGGCUUUGCGCGCCUGAAGGAUAUCGGAGGGAAGAACAAGUUUGUUAAACACAUUCUUGAAAUCUUUGCUUUCUUCAUGUUGACCGGUAUCUUCUCGACACUCCUGUUGCCCGAGACGAAGGGCAAGUCGCUGGAGGAGCUAUCCAAUGAGAACCAGGAAGGGUUCUUGCAGGGUGUCGCUCCGGUAGAAGUCAGGGACGGCGUCAUCGUCGAGGCAGAAGCACGAGAGCGGGAAUCGAGAGCCGUCUGAUCGUGCCGUUCUCCCUCUCGCGCCUGCCAUGCCGCCUCACACAUACUUUCAUCCAGUCGUCUUUGUCAUCGUCCUCAUCUCGCUCCUUGUUUUGGAUCGUCCGCCUGCAAGGCCCUUUCCUGAUCACCUACACUUAUAUACUCGUUCAACGACGUCUUGUUAUCAUCACUUACCCACAGUAUAUUUAUGAAACCCACUGUUGUAGCCUUUCGCCCACGUAAUAGUUUAGAGGUCGCUGAG